UUAAAAAUGAAUAACGUGACAAUAUACAAUCAGUGUUAUUUAUUGUACCUCUGGGCCUCCUCUUCUAAAAGUUGUAGCUUCUCAAAUUUUCUUUGUCAAGCUUGAACUAAUGUAAAUAAUUGAAAUAAUGUAAAGUUAUAUUUUCAUGUUUUUAUAGAUACAACAUGACAAGAAUACAUAAUGUAAGAGUAUUUCAACUAUGGAUAAUGUUGAUUGGAUAAUGCACAUCCAAGUUACAAGCAGUAAUUAUAGUUUAAUAUCCAUGUAACGGUGCAUCAAUAUAUUGCUAUAUAAAUAUGUCUGUGUGCAUAUAAGUGAAAAGUGGUUAAACAAGAGUGAUGACAGCUGUCUAAAGGUUUUUUUAUUCAUUUUAUAUAAAAACUGUUAUGGAAAGACCAAAAUGUUUAUGAACUAUUCUUAUGUAAAUUUACAACUGUCCUUUACUGUACUUUUUGUUUACAGUAUAGUACCUUAUUUUCUGCUGUGUUAAGUGGGUGUCAAACUCCAAGGAGACAUACACUUUCUACAACUUCUAUUGAAGAUAUUGGGAUUUCCAAUUUUUCAUGUGUACUAUGUCAGAAAAUGCUUUUGAUUUUAUUUUUAAAUCUAACAUCGGAUGGCUUUUUUUCGGAGUGUUGUAAAAUCUUCAAUCAUACAUAAACAUGUUCUUACAAAAGGCAAAGAUCUUUAUUAUUUUUUUAUUUACUAGUUCCUCAAAAUAAUGAUCAGAAGUCAAGAAGUGUAUUUAAAUUUAUUCCCAAGCAAAUUCAACUCUUCCUACUAAAAAGGUAUAUAAGUACACAUUUCUUGUAGCAGCUCGGUACAAAAAUAAGAGAACACAUAUAACUUCCUUUUAAAUUAAAAUGAUUGAUAUUUUUGAUAUUCCAAUCCUGCCAUCAUUCAUGCUUUGGGCAUGUGUGGAAAUAUGAUGACUAGUGAUACAAUUUUAAUUUAUGGCAGAUACACACUUGCUAAAAUGUCAUGUAUUCCUCUCAUCAGCCAUUGCCCUGGUUGUUUUUCAGUUCAGUUGCAGUUAGACAUAUUAAAAGGAGAAAAGGUGAUUUGCAUUACAAAUUCCACAAAAUAUAAGGACUCUAAGCUCAUGUUUCAAAAAAUAAUUUCUCUAAAACUUUGCCCUUUUUGAUUCAGGCUUCUUACAAAGGUGAUUGUGUAAUAUGUAUGCAGUUCUUUUAGGAAUGUUCUAAAAUUAAGACAUUUCAGUUCUUCAAAAUCACAUAUUAAAAUUUCCUUUCUAUAAUUCAGUGGGGGGUUAAUAUGUUCAACUUUUAAUGGAUGAAUAUAUCAAUGCAGUAAUUUUGACUUUCCCCUCUCAAAUACUCUAAAUAUUUUGAUAACACAUCAAAUUGUUGGUCAUGAUAACAAACUGAACAACUAAGAAAAACUGCACAAAAUAAUCUUACUGGCUGAUAGUAAUACAACUAGACACGAGUAUUUUUAAAUGACUAGCUAAAAAUAAUUGGAAUACAAAACAAUUUCCCCU